AUGGAUGAGCAUGGUGCUUUACUGGAUGAAUUAACAAAAGUUGAAUGUCCUAUCAUUCUUGCUCUUUAUCAAUGGAAUUCUAGAGUUGAUAUCAAGAAGGAGGAUAAAGCAUAUGAUACAUUAGUGAAGAUAUUUUAUGCAAUUGAGAAAGAUGAUCACAAGUUUAUGUUUUUUGUUAGGAAUAUAGAGUUUGAGGUGACUCCGAAGUUAAUUGCAACAAUAUUGAAUGUUAUCUAA